UCAAGGGUCAGGAGGAGGAGGCGCGCCCAAGAUGGCGGCCUCCAUGUGCGACGUGUUCUCCUUCUGCAUGGGCGUGGCGGGCCGGGCCCGGGUCUCCGUGGAAGUUCGCUUCGUGAGCAGCUCCAAGGGAAAGGGGCUUUUUGCCACACAGCUGAUCCGGAAGGGGGAGACCAUCUUUGUAGAACGGCCCCUGGUGGCUGCACAGUUUCUCUGGAAUGCACUUUAUCGCUACCGAGCCUGUGACCACUGCCUGCGGGCACUGGAGAAGGCAGAGGAGAAUGCCCGGAGGCUGACGGGGAAACCCGGCCAGGUGCUGCCUCACCCUGAGCUGUGCACUGUGCGCAAGGACCUCCACCAGAACUGUCCCCACUGCCAGGUGAUGUACUGCAGUGCAGAAUGUCGGCUGGCAGCUGCUGAGCAAUACCAUCGGGUCCUGUGCCCAGGCCCCUCCCAGGAUGACCCCCUGCAUCCUCUCAAUAAGCUGCAGGAGGCAUGGAGGAGUGUUCACUACCCCCCUGAGACUGCUAGCAUCAUGCUGAUGGCCCGGAUGGUGGCCACAGUGAAGCAGGCUAAGGAUAAGGAUCGCUGGAUCAGGCUCUUCUCCCAGUUCUGUAAUAAAACGGCCAAUGAGGAGGAAGAAAUUGUCCACAAACUGUUGGGGGACAAAUUCAAGGGCCAACUGGAACUUCUGCGGAGACUCUUCACAGAGGCCCUUUAUGAGGAAGCACUCAGCCAGUGGUUCACUCCAGAUGGAUUCCGGUCUCUCUUUGCGCUUGUUGGGACCAAUGGCCAAGGAAUUGGGACCAGCUCCCUGAGCCAGUGGGUCCAUGCCUGUGACGCUCUGGAGCUGAAGCCACAGGACCGCGAGCAGCUGGAUGCUUUCAUUGACCAGCUGUACAAGGACAUCGAGGCAGCAACUGGCGAGUUCCUUAACUGUGAAGGAUCAGGCCUCUUUGUGCUUCAGAGCUGCUGCAACCACAGCUGUGUCCCCAAUGCAGAGACCUCCUUCCCAGAAAACAACUUCCUUUUGCAUGUCACCGCCCUGGAGGAUAUUAAGCCAGGAGAGGAAAUCUGUAUCAGCUACUUAGACUGCUGCCAGCGGGAGCGCAGCCGCCACAGCCGCCACAAGAUCCUCAGGGAAAACUAUCUGUUUGUCUGUUCCUGCCCCAAAUGCCUGGCAGAAGCGGAUGAACCCAACGUGACCUCAGAGGAGGAGGAUGAAGAGGAGGAGGAAGGAGAGGCAGAAGAUGCAGAGCUGGGGGACGAGAUGACCGAUGUGUGAUGUCACCAUGCCUGGAAGGGGCCCUACCCCAGACUCUGCCAGAAAAUGGGGCCUUCCCCCAGAGAAGAGGCUUGGAAGGAACUCCCCACUCCCGUUGCCUGCUCCCCCCCGCCCCCCCAUUCCAGCUGUUUCUGCCAGAGGGUAGGACAGAGGCUGGGCCCUAGGCCCUCCACUCCCCACCAGACCUCAUGCCCUGGACACUGCUGCUGAGUGGCUUGGGUUCUGCGCUGUGGCUGAGCCUUUCAGAAUUGGCCUCCUCCUCAUGUACUCCAUUCCAGAGUGUGAGCGGCUGGAACCAAGGUCAGGGCCUGACAGUAUUUCUCCCCCCUUGGCUCCAUGGCUGCACCUUCCCAUCCAUCUGAGGCCUCACCCCUCUCUACUUGCUAUUGAGAGGGUAACAAAGUGGCGUCUGAGAACAGCCUUACUUUAUUGAAGAAGAAAGAAGAGGGGGUGCAUUGCCCUCACCUUCCCCACCUCCCAUCGUUGUAGCUGAUAAGGCAACUGCCUGACUACUAGCACAGCUGGGUGAGGCAGGAAGGAGGAACUGGGCCUCCAGAACACUUUCCCUAAGGCUCUGCCAGUAAACACUGAGCCAGGGGAAUUACCUUCCUCUCCUUGGACAUCUGCGGGAGUGGAGACUAACUCCUUCCCCAAACUCCAGAAUCUCUAUUUUGUGCCUUGCCUUUCAGGCCCUGGCACAGUGGCUGGCCCCACAGGGUACAGAAAAGGCUUCUGCUUCCCUCAGAAGGGGCGUGUGGGCGAUCAUUACCCCUUCCUCACACCACUUCCCACUGAAGACUCGCAGCAUGGCUGAGGCCUGGGGGUGACAGGCCUGUGUUCCUUAGAAUGCUCCAAAUGGUUCCCUGGGACCAGUUGAAUAUGGGUCAGUUAGGGGCUCUCCUGGCCUCGAUCCAUCUUUAGGGUCUCCGCAGAGGAACACUGAAGUCUUCCAGAAACUAGAAGAGCUGGGUUAGACACUUGAAGAUUAGCCCUGACUGUAUCCUCCAACCCCAAAUUAGCAGUACCCCUCACUCUUGUGUUGGAAGCUGUGGAAAUUAUAACCCAUCACCUGCAAUUCCUUUCUGCCUACCUUCCCUAAGGGGUCUUCACAUCCCCCUGCUAAGGGAUCCUAGGAAGACAGGUGCCUGCCCACAGGCCCUUCUCUGGAUUAUGAGCCAGGUGGAGCCUUUCCAUCUGGCCUAUUGGGUUCUUGCUCCUUCACAGCAGCCAGCAUCCCCUCCUCCCCCCGCCUGCCCACUCUUCUCAAUAAAAUGUGAGUGGUGACAGGCUCUGAAGGCAUGCUUGGUGGAGAAUGACUUGACAAGCUGCUGGAGCACACAGCAGUCAUGUGGGUGGUGAAAAGGCUCGAAAGGUAGAUCAGAUAAUGGCAGGAGGUGGGAGCUCUAGCUCCCCAGUUUAGGCUCAUCUCUGGUCUCACCUACACUCCGCUUUGCUGAUGUUCUAAAUCCCCAGAGCAAGGAUCCUCCAUGGGCAAGCAUGGUUCCCCAGCACUGGGCAGCAAGAUGAGCCUUCUCCCCAGGGACUAUGGCUCCUAAGAUCUUAAGCAGGAGGCUGUGUUGGGAUCCAAGAUUAGCAAUCUGAGUAGAGGUCCUAAAAGACCUUGGACAAGUCAUUUAUUGUCUCUGGGCCUCAAUCUCCUCCCCUCAACACAAGGGCAUGGGGCCAGAUGGGUGAGUUUGAAGGCCCUCCCACCCAUGAGCUCUUAUUCUAGGACACAGUUGCAACCCUGAUGAGAGGCUUUAUUGCUAAAAGUCAGUGAGGGUUUAUUAAGUCCUCAAACACCAGCUCCUUAAACUACCCCAGUAACUGCUGUGAAGGACACAAGAGACCCUGGGUGGGGGAGGCUGGAGCCAGGUGAGAGGUGACAGGUCACAGAUGGCUUUCAGGCCAUCUGCCUUUAGCCCCUUUUGUUCCAGAUUCUAGCCAAGAAGCCCUGAGGCAUGUUUCUUGCAUCUUCCCAUAGCAUGAGACACCCUUGGGGGCCCUGGGGAAGGGAGAACAGUGGUGUGACUUCCCUUAGCCUAGCAGAGGCCGAAGCCUUUUUCCUCUACCCGGCUCCACCUAUCCCCAAAUGCUAUCUCCAAGUCCCAAACAGCAGAAUUUCUGGAUUUCCCCUUCCCAGCCUAGAGCUGGCUGGAAGGUGGGACCAACUCUUCUACCAGAAGGUCCAGGGUGGUUGCAGCAGCUCAAAGGUGGGGAUGCUGGUGACAUUGACUGGAAUGGAAAUGAUGGCCCAUGGCAGCCCAUGCUGUUCCAGGGAGCGGCGGAUCAUGUAGCUGGGAGGGCAUGAAGAGAGGUGGGGAUGGUCACUUUCUCAGCACCCCAUCAUGCCCCACUGUCCCCAUCACUUGGGAGUUCCAUCCAGAGCCCAAGGACUUUUGACCCUCCAACUGGUUCACCCCAAGAUGAGGCUUGUGGGAGGGACUGGUGAUUGCCCUUGACCUCCAGAGACAAGGAAUCCUCACCCAUCUCGGCCGAGUAGGAAGAGGGCAGGGAUGUCAGCCGUGCGCUGGGUACUGUCCUGGAUCAUCUCCACGUAGAAGCUGUCAUUGUCAACUGCGUUGUCAGAGAUGAUCACCGCCCGCCCGCCAUGUUCCUGUACCACCCGCGUCUUGGAGAGGAAGGAGCAGCCCCUGGAAAAGGUGAUGAGAUCAAAGGAAAGGCAGGGUCUUAGCUACCCCUCCCCGAGGCCAUCACCCUGGGAGGAUGAAAGGACCAUGGACAGUUUUUUCAUAAAGGCUCAUAAAUAAAUGGCCAAAAAGCAUGGAUAACCUUAAA